UCUCGUGCAGGCAGGAGAGCGUGCGAUGAAGGCUCGCCGCCGUCGCCGCCGCUAGGAAGUCGCGGCGCGGCGCGGCGCCCGCCGAUGCCGCCAGCGGUGGUCACCGCGAGCCCCGUCGCCGAGGCCGGCAGCAGCGGGAGGGAAUCCUCCGGGGGACACGCCAGGGUGCCGUCAUCUCACUGAUCGCGCGCGAGAAUAAUGAGAAUCAACGCGACGAAGAUGAGCACUCCGAUCGAGGAGAAGAUUGAUCAGAAGCUGAAGGUGCGGACGGGGAUGGUGACGGUCAGCGAUGGGAAGAGCAAGCCCGUGCCGAUGCGCCUGCACUUGUCCAUGGAGGUGCUCAAGCUCCAGCGGGAGGAUCUCGAGCAGGCAGCGAAUCACAAUAAGCCACCACUGGACGCUAAGGAGCGCAUGGUGCAAAUCACCAGGCAGAAGGUCGGCGGUUUGGGGCUGAGCAUAAAGGGCGGAGCGGAGCAUAAGCUGCCAGUGCUGAUAUCGAGGAUCUAUAAGGGCCAGGCCGCCGAUCAGUGCGGCCAGCUUUUUGUGGGAGACGCAAUUAUCAAAGUGAACGGCGAGUAUAUCACGGCGUGCAACCACGACGACGCUGUCAAUAUUUUGAGGAAUGCCGGCGAUAUAGUGGUUCUAACGGUCAAGCAUUAUCGAGCGGCCAAGCCAUUUCUGCAGAAAAACGAAAAGGAAGAGAAGCUGGAUAACGUUGCCAACGGUACGGCGGAAGACGGAUGGAUAUCGCCUAGCAGGCAAGGUGGCAGUCCCAGAUGCAGCCAUAGCCGUCAAAGUUCCAAUGCAUCUUCCAGUUCGAUGCAGUAUAAGAGAUGGGUGGACGUGAUUACAGUCCCAUUAAUGAUGGCGUACGUGACGAGAUACAUAUUCGGCACCGACAAGCUGAGGAGGAACGCGUUCGAAGUGCGAGGACUUAACGGGGCGCGCACAGGAGUGAUACACUGCGACGAUAGCGCUAUUCUCAGUCAAUGGCUAAAAUAUAUAACUGAUAACAUUACAGGAUUGACGCAUUUGCAGAUGAAAUUGUACAAUCGUAAUUUCGGAGUCGGCGAACGCAUAGAGUACAUGGGCUGGGUGAACGAGGCGGUGAGCAAUAGCAACCAACCGUGGCAAAGUUACAGACCGAGAUUCUUGGCACUAAAAGGACCGGACCUAUUGUUGUUUGAGACACCCCCUUGCAACAUAGGCGACUGGUCUCGCUGCGCGUUGACUUUCAAAGUGUAUCAAACGAUGUUCCGCGUGAUGCGCGAAUCCGAGAAUGUGGACGAGCGGCAGCACUGCUUCUUGGCGCAGAGUCCGGGGAAGCCGCCGCGUUACUUGAGCGUCGAGACCAGGCAGGAACUGCUGCGGGUCGAGGCGGCGUGGCACACGGCCAUAUGUUCGGCCGUUACGCAUUUGAAGAGUAAAACCUUCCCGGUGACUUUCAACAGCAGAAGCGCGGGUCUAACGUUAGAGUGGACUCAAGGAUUUACGUUGUCGUAUGAGGGGAUCGGCGAGGUCGCGUGGCGCUACAAAUUUUCUCAACUGAGAGGGUCCAGCGACGAUGGUAAAAGUAGGCUUAAAUUGCACUUCCAAGAGCCGGACAGCAUCGCUAUCGAAACGAAGGAAUUGGAGUGUUCCCAGUUGCAAAACUUGUUGUUCUGUAUGCAUGCGUUUCUUACCGCGAAGGUAGCCGCGGUAGACCCCACGUUUUUAACGUCGACCACUCCGUAAAGAGAUGUAAUAUAAGAUAAAAUAACGUUAUUGCCGACGCGAAUCACCAAGUGGAUCACUUUUGUGUUCUGUUAUCGUUGUACGGAUUAGACCGAGCGCUGAAAAUAAGCGAGAGAAGGACGUCGACGAAGAGGCGACAGAAACUAGUCAAUAUAUCCAAAAAGUAUUUUUAUCGUUUACAUAUAAAAAUCACCAAGCGGUACUACAUACUCUACUCAUCCUACCAAAAGCCAAUUUCAGUAUAUAUAUAUAUAUGAAUCUAGUAUAUAUAUAUGAAUCUAACGGCUAUUAUCGUAUUGUACGCAUCUAGAUAAGAAUUCUCGCGAGUUUCUAGGAGCGGCAGUAUGCAUUUACGAAUGAUUUCUCGACUACUUGAUGCGAUUAUGUUAUCUGCCUUUGCUACACGCGUUUAUUUCCUUUCGAAAUUUUUGAAGAAUGCGUAAUCAAGUACGCGUGAUUAUAUACGUAAUUUACAGAUGCAUUUCAAUUGUACAAUACUCUAGUAGUAUUGCCAGAUAUUUCUCAGUUGCGCUCUCAUUAUAUUGUUUGUCUGAUAUCUUAAGAUGAUAAUUAGAAUUUAUAUAUAUAUAUAUAAGAAUCAACACACGCGCGGGUUCAUGAUUUUUAAGUUACAAUAACAGCGAAUAUUUUUGUUAAUUAUAACAAGUUGUCUGUAUACUUACACAUAUUGUAUUGCGUAUCAUACAUAUAUCAGGUGCCUUAAAAACCAUGAACAAGAGGUAGCUAAAUUAACGGAGGCAUCAACUUUUCGUUUCUCGUCAACGAGGAGAAUCGUAUUACACACUCGUGCAUACAUAUAUAUUUAGAGUAUUUAUAAAAGGAAACAGGAGUCGUAUUUCAAUAGAGAAGUUCUAAUUUGCAAUCUUAAGGGGAUGCUUUUAAAGAGUAUAAUGAAUUGAAUUGAAAGGAACAAUAUUGAUUCGUCCAUCCGACAAAAGUCAAAGUAAUAAUUGCUCCACAGCAAUAAAUUAUAAUCUACAAUUAGACGGCUCACUCGAACGUAACGUCGGAUACUGAAAUAGUUUGUUUAUCGAUGCAGUAUUAUCGAUGGGGGCAAUAAGUUUUACAAAUUAAAUUAAGCGCGGAUACCGACAGUAUCAGUUAGCUUACCAACAUGCGUACAACUGUCAACUGUACUUUCUCUGUACUAGGCGCAAUAGCUAUGUUCUACAAAUCGUUUAACGUAUGAUUUGCGACGAUUCAUCUAUAUGAACAAUUGAUUGUGAAGAAAGGAUGUGCAAGAGGCUUAUUUGAGUAAUGGGUACGUUACGGUGGGUUUCGACAGCUCGACAGAUCUAUAGUGUCUUUACAUAUAUCAAUUAUCUCUUUCCAAUCACUAGCUAUAGCGACAUAGACUUAACACUGUAUAUUAUGUGACUAUCUUACAUUGGUUCGCAAUUAUAUUUAAAGCAAUAAAUCUUUAAUGAACGAACAACUAGAGAGAGAUAAUAAGAGAGUAGGAUAUACGUAUAUGUGCAUAUAUGUAUAUCCUACUCUUAUAUAUAUACAUACAUACACAAAUAUAAAUAUAUAUAUGUAUGAUAAGAGAACUGUAUACAGUAAUGAUAUAAAGCAAGAAAAAAGUAUCAUUCUCGAUAGCAGUGACGAGAAUAUUGCACGUUUUCCAAUGCUCGCCUAAUCAUUCUUUAGUUUUUUUAAAAUAUAAGACGAAUGGGUCACGUAGCGUCGCAUGGAAACGAUGUAAAGCUAAUUUAAUGUCGGGGGAGACGUUUUGAUUUCCGUUGCGUGUCUCGAGAGUCUCCGGUUACUCGUAGAAAGUGCCUACAAAGUAACAUAGAGGAAAUGUAAAGAAAGAUCGGCGCUUCUGUUGUGUCGCAGCGUAUUCGAUGUCGAUUGUACUUUUCUAGUCUACAAAAAACGUCAGGGUCUUUUACGUGAUACCUACGGUCGAGGCGUGUCUGUUGCCGCUUGUCUCUCGAUUGCGAGAACUCGAAGCGUUCGGACGAAAGGAACCACCGUUUCUCGAUGAAUUUGUUACCAUCGUCAUAUGAAUGUUUAUCAUGUAAAAGAGUACCUUCGCCUAUACAUCUCUCUGAACGUUUUUUUCACGAUCGAUAUAAUAUAUUGUAGUAAUAUAAUAAGAAUUAAACGAUAUUCGAUCUUAAAUUUAAGCACAGAGCAAUGUUGACGACUCAAGCGCUGCUGCUAUGAUUUUAGAUUUAUGCAGUUUGUUACAAAUUUUCGUAUUCUGAUAUGAAGCAUCUUUAUAUGUUAAAGUUUAUCACUUAAAUUGCAUAAAUUGAAUGCACCAAAGUAUAUAAAUUAAAGUUUAACGCUUACAAAUUCCUAUGAAUAUUUGAUUUUCUAAUCAAGAGAUUUAACGUGCUAAAAUUUUACUAUUUAACAUUGAAUAAUUGUUUUUUCCUCAACAAUCUAUCUAGUCAUCGUACAUGCUCUGUGCUUAAAGUUGGGAUAAUUAUCAAGAACUGCACAAUUAUUCUAUAUAAGUAAGUUAAUUAAGCAAGAAUGGAAUGAAGCUGGAAAAGAUCUGAAAUACAAUCAGGUCUAGAUUAUAGUAAUUUACGGAAACUACAGGUUGUUCUAAAACUAUAAGUGGAUCGUUGAAUCCCUAAUAUAAUACAUUGUACACUUUGUUAACGUCACAAAUCGAUAUUAAAUUUCACUUAUAUUUAUUAAACUGAGAUCUCUUUCAUUUGAUUCAAAUUGCAUAAGAAUAAACUUUUUGCGAAUGCUGUUAAAUUAUGUAUUCCUUUUGGUAUCCGUUUAACAGUGCAUCUCUUCUUGAAACCUGCUCGCUUGUGUGACUCUUCGGAUUCAGCUCAUUCCAUAAGUUACACAAAAUAGAAAAUAGCUGUACACGCGACGUACUUUGCCUACAAACUCGCUGAAUACUUCAACUCAUUUCUUUCGGCGAGCGCUCGCGAUUCCGAAUCCUGCCGUUGCGUCUCGUAUUCAGAUUCGCACGUCAGAUCCAUCUUCCUUUGCCUUCGCGCGUGCUUAUAUCGGAUGGAAGAGCGAAUUCGCUGCGCCGGCUAACAUUUAACAUCGGAAUCUUAUAUUUCGAAAUAUAGUUUAUCUGUUAUAAUGUCUAUAUCCCCCAUUGACAAUAUGUUCCAAAAUAUAUCAUUGUUAGAAGUUACAAA